AAAAAAGAAAAGAAAGAUAAAAUGUGUUGCGUUGUAUGAAAAAGUUCAUGGAAAAUUAAGACAGAAUAAAAUACAUAUUGUUUGUGGAAAAAAUUUAAAAACAGUACAUAUAGAAAAUAAAAUAAAGUAUAAAUUGGAUUUAACAAAAUGUAUGUUUUCAUCAGGAAAUGGUACAGAAAAAGAAAGAAUGAAAAAUAUGUAUAUUGUAAGUAAUAAUAAUAUUAGCAAUAAAAAUAAAAAUAUAAAGAACAAUAAUAAUGAUAAAAAGAACAAUAAAAAGAACAAUAAUAAUAAUUUUUUAGAUGAAAAAAGGUUUAGAGUAAAAGAAAAUGUAGUGGAUUUAUUUUGUGGUGUUGGUUAUUUCACAUUACCUUUGUUAAAAUGUAUAGAAGCUCAGAACAAAAUUAAUAAUUAUUUUGCAUGUGAUAUUAAUCCAGAUUCGUUAAAAUUAUUAAGAGAAUCUAUAAAACUAAAUAAUAUUAACAAGAAAAACAUUUUUAUUAUAAAACAGAAUUCUUUUAUGUUAUCUAAAAAUGUUCAGAUGGUAAGGAAGUGUCAUCGAAUAAUUUUAGGACUCUUACCACAUAGCCAGCCAGCUUGGAGAAAUGCUUUUUUUUUAUUAGAUAAUAAAUAUGGAGGUAUAUUACACAUACAUGGUAUUGGGAAACAUAUUUUUGAUGAGCAGGUAUGCUUUUCAUCAAUCAAUACAUAUAACUAUAUUUUAAAAAAGAAAGAUGUAAAUAUAUCUUCUAUAAAUAAAUUGACAAAGGUACAGAUGGUUGAAGAGUAUGUAAGUAGUAAUGUUGAAGAUUCUCACUAUGUGGAAGAAAUCAAAAAAAAUAAAGAUAAUUUUCAUAAUAAAUAUAUUAAUCACUAUAAUUCAAAUUAUAACAAAAAAUUAUAUAUAGGAAAUAACAUCCCACAUAAUUUAUCAUUUGCCCAAUAUACAUUGAUUGAAAUAUUCAAAAUUGCAUUAUAUGACAAUCUUAAGAAUAAUAUAUUUUGGAAUAUAGCCAUAAGUCAUGUGGAACGGGUUAAAUCAUAUGCACCUCGAAUGUAUCACUAUGUCGUGGACAUCAAAUGUGAUCCCCUUAUAUUUUAA